UUUUUAAUAUUUAAAAAGCGAAACAAGUGAACCGUAUGCGCGGUAUUAAAGCACAGACUUACCAAUUUAAAAUACUGUUAUUAAAGAAGAGACUUUUUUUUCAAUUAAAAAUACAGUAUAUACUCCAUAAAACAAGGUUUUGAUAUAAUAUGACUUCUUCUCCAAGCGCUGCAACAUCAUCAUUAUCGUCUUCAACAAAAGUUGAUUGCACUAGAGCUGGUCAAAGCGUUUGGUUAGUAAAGGUUCCCAAAUACAUAGCAGAUAUAUGGGGUAAGGCUGAUGCAAGUGGAAUUGUAGGAAGUUUAAAAAUUCCAAAACAUACUGCACCAAAACAUAUGCUUUUUGAGCUUUCUGACCAUCUUGUCAAAUCACAAGCGCAAGGAAUAGAAAUACCAUCGAAACAUAAGUUUGAAAUGUCAGAUAUAUGGCAAACAUUUGGUGUUUUUUCAGAAACUCCAUGUGAUGACGAGGAUGCUAAUGAACAAGCUCGUGAAAAAAUUGCAUUUGAAGGGAAGAUCAUAAAACGAGCUGAUUGUCGUCCUAUCGAAGAUCCAAACUAUAUGCAGAUGAAAAGAAAAGCAAUUGAAAAAGCAUGUAGACCCGUUCGCCAAGUUAAACAAAUUACCGGGUUGGUGACAACUUUUAAACCAGUUAAUGAUCACCAAAUAAAUAUGGAACCAAUAAAAAAAAGAAAAGAAGAAGGAAAGCGAGUUCGAGCUGAGCGAGACGAAGUGUUGGAAGUAUUGUUUUCAGCCUUUGAAAAGCAUCAGUUUUAUACUCUGAAAGAUCUAGUUGGAAUUACUCAACAACCAGUAGUGCAUUUGAAAGCCAUUCUAAGAGAUGUUUGCAACUAUAACUUGAAAAAUCCACAUAAAAACACUUAUGAGCUAAAACCCGAAUAUCGUCAUUAUAAAAAAGACGAGAGCGAAACGGAACUUGCGUCAUAGUUAAACACUGCUAAUGCUUUUAGACUCUUUGUGAUCAUCUAUUUUAAAACAUAUUCAAGUAAUAUUAAGAAAUAUUUAUAACAUCCGUAAUAAUUAUAUUACCGUUUAAAAAUAAAUUAUUUUUAUUUAAA